AUGCAACAACAAGAGGCAUCAGCUUUAGUUCAUGAAGUUAAUUGCCAUCAGUCCCCUACCACUACGACAUUCAGAUUGGCGGUAGUUGAUAAGAAAAAGAAUUGGAAACAAAAUAAGGAGGAAGAAGAAGACGACGACAAAUUAGAGAUUGUUGAAGAUAUUAAAGGAAUAAAAAAUUGUAGUGAAAAAAAUUACUCAAAUCAUAAUCAUUCCGAUAAUAGCAGCAUUCGUGAUAUAAAAGAAGUUGAAAAAAGUAGUGAUACUGGUACAAUAAAAAAGGUUGAUACAAUUGAUCUCACAAACCUUGAUAGUGAUAAUAAUAAGGAUUCAUCAAUGGAUAAAAUUCAUACACCAGGUAGUGGUAAUAAAAAAGGUUCUGUUCUUGAGGAUAAGUCUAAUCUUAACUCAUUUAUUCCAACAGAUCCAUUGAAACAUACUAAUGAAGAGAUAUUGGGUUUCUUUUCACAGUUUGCCCAACAACAAUCCACAGAUCCAGCACAAUGGAAAGCUAUGGUUUCAACAUUUUUUAAUACAUUUAAUAACAAAAUACAUACUGAAGGUACACCAUUACCAGCAACAAUAAUAAAUAAUGAUAGAGGAAAUGAUUCUCCAAGUGAUUCAUGUCAUAAUGAUACAGAUUCCUCUGAAGGACAUGAAGAAAGAGGUACAGAAGAGAAAGGAGUGUUAGGAAGUGAUAUACAAACUAAUACCUCAAAUACCUCUGGAUCAAUUGUCAAUAAUCAAACAUCAUCAUUUUUAACACCAGAUUCCUCAAUCUCCGCUAACUGUUCAAGGCGUUCUGAUCUCAUUUGUCCAAUAGGUGAUUGCCAUCAAAUAUCAGCAUCAAAAGGUUCCAGAUAUUGGCAUGUUCUUAAUAAUCAUGAUGAUGAUAAAAUAUUAACAUGUAAAAAUUGUAAAGAAUCAUUUUGUGAUAAUUAUCAAACAAUAAAACAUAAAUGUAAAAAAGAUCCUGAGGAGUGUGAAAGACCUAACUCAACACCAACAAUUGAAUGUGAAAAACAAAUUUUUGAUAUAAGACAAUCACUUGGAUCGGUACCAAUACCGAAUAGUGAUAUGUUUACAGUUGAUGGAUUUGAUAGUUGUGAUGAUGAGAAAGAAGAAAAAGAUGAUGAAGAUGAUGGUAAUAUAAUGAAUUGUACCAAUAGAGAAGCAGAAAAUUUUUUUAAAAAUUUACUUCUUAAUGUUAAUACAUUUUCUGGAAAUAAAUUUUCUUUACCUAAUAUUAAUAAUGAUGGAGAAAAGAAAAAGAAUGUUGAUAUAAAAAGUAAUGAUCAAUCAGCAUUUGAUUUACAAAAUCGUAUGUUUCUUCAAAGUAUGAUGAGUCAUAUGCCUGGUAAUAAUCAUCUAUUACAAUGCCUACCACCACAAACACCAGGAAAUAAUUUUUUUGGUAGUCGAAGAAUGGAUACAUUUCCUGGAUUACCUAAUACAAUUCAGACACCUAAUAUUGGUGGUGCAACACCUAUAGGUAAUAAUAGUCUAAAUAUUAGUGAUGAUGACUGGGAAGCAAUGAUGGAAAUAUCUAAUACUGAUGAGACAGAAAAAAUAAGACAAAUGGUUGGUGAUAAAGCUCUUCCAGUAACUGAUCCAAAUCAAUGUUUAUUAUGUCGUAGAGUUUUAUCAUGUAAAUCAGCUCUACAGAUGCAUUAUCGUACCCAUACAGGGGAAAGACCUUUUAAAUGUAAAAUUUGUCAAAGAGCUUUCACCACAAAAGGUAAUCUUAAAACACAUAUGGGUGUUCAUCGAAUGAAACAUUCUUAUCGUGGUCUUAAUGAACCAUCACCACUUGGAAUGCAACAUGCCUGUCCUAUUUGUCAAAAAAGAUUCUAUUCAAUUACACAACUUCAAAUGCAUAUUGCUCAACAUCGUGAUCAAUUAACUAAUAGAAAUUCUGGUAUUAAUAAUCAACCUAAUGGUGGUGGUGUUGUAAAUGAAAGUCCAUUUAAUAAUUUUAAUAGAAAACCACCUAUGAUGAUAUUAGGAUCACCAACAAUUGGAACAAUGAAUGAUAAUAAUAUACCACAAUUUCCUAAUUUUGGUAUUCCACCAAUUGGUAGUAAUAAUAGUAUACCACAAUUUUCAAUGUUUCCUAAUUUAUUAAAUUUUCCAAAUCCACUUGCAGCAAUGGCAGCUGCUGCAGCAGCAGCAUCAAAAAAUACUCAUGAUAUUAAUGGUGGAAAUAAUAAUACUAAUAGUAAUACACCUGCAUCUUCAUUUAUUAGUAAUGCUGAUAGUCAAAAAGAAAUUAUUAAUCAGGAAGAAAAAAAUGCUAUGGGUGCUAAACUUUUAGAUAUGUUAUUACAACAACAACAACAAUCUAAAGAACAAAAUAUGAAGGAGGAAGAAAAAAUUAUAGAAAAUAAUAAAGAUGAAAUUGAUGAACCAGUGGAAAAAAAAAUUAAACGAGAUGAAAUUAUUAAAGAUGAAGUUGAGUGUAAUAAUGUUGAACGUGGUAUCUCAGAAUCUAUUAGUCCAUUAUCUCAAGAUGAAAUAACUGAUAAUGAAGGAAAGAAUGAAGAAGUUAAAGAUGAAUAUAAACCAUCAAUUUUUUCAAAUCUUGUUCAUUUGUCUGAUGAUAUUAAACAGGAAGGAAAUAAUAAUGAUGAAAAUCCUUUAGAUGCUAUAAAAAAAAUGUAUAGUCAGACAGAGGCACCUCCACCACCAAGACAACCACCAACAUUAUCAAAACAUCAAUGUGGUGUUUGUUAUAAACAUUUUUCAUCAUCAUCAGCCCUCCAAAUACAUAUGAGGACACAUACAGGAGAUAAACCAUUUAAAUGUGAUGUUUGUCAAAGAGCUUUUACAACAAGGGGUAACUUAAAAGUUCAUAUGGGAACGCAUUCAUUCCAGCAAUCACCAUCAAGAAGAGGAAGGAGAAUCUUUGAUUUUCCACAUGAUGGUGCAUCACCAACAUUAGGUGAAAUUCAAGGACAAAGAGGAAAUCCAUUAGCUGGAAAUUUAUUUUUAAAUCCUCAAUUAGCAGCAAUGGCAAAUCUUCAAUUACCUCCAAAUCUUUCAUUAACAGUUUCAAUGGCGGGUACUCCAGCACUUAAUGCAGCAAUGGCUAUGUUAGCUAAGAAUACCUACCCUAAUAAUAAUAAUUCACCUGAAGGAAAUUCAACAAAUAGUAAUUGUACAAUUUUAAAUAAUAGUAACAAAACAUCACCACAGGGAAUGUUAAAUGGUAUUGAAAGCAUGCUUGCUUACAUGAAGAAUACAUGUACUUUUUGUUCAAAAAAUUGUUCUACUCUCACUGAACUUGAAACUCAUAUGCGUUCACAUUUUCAGAAUGGUACUUCAUUAAACAACUCUAAGACUCCGCAAAAAGAGUAG